AUGAUAUGUAAAUGUUGUGGAGAGAGACUGUUGGAUCAUGAGCCAUACUGUGUCAAUUGUGGUAAUCAAAAUCGUCAGAUCAAAGAAGCUAAAGACCAAGGGGCUACAGGCGGCGUUGACGUACAACUUCGGACUAAACGAAUAAACGACAAUGCUGUUGAGUCUCAUGUUUCGCACAAUGAACGAUUACAAAAGAAACACGCAAGGGUAUUGUAUUCAUUUAAUCCGGCAUUAGAUGAUGAGCUUGCGCUUAAAGUUGGUGACGUAGUCGAAAUCCUGUGUCAGGACCCUAAGGGAUGGUGGAUGGCAGAGCUGAACGGCAAACGAGGCGUAAUCCCUUCAAAUUACGUAAAGAUUAUGGAAAUAGGAGAAACAGCUAGAGCUCACGCAGCUGACCAAGGGGCUACAGGCGGCGUUGACGUACAACUUCGAACUAAACGAAUAAACGACAAUGCUGAUGAGUCUCAUGUUUCGCACAAUGAACGCUCACAAAAGAAACACGCACGGGUAUUCUUUUCAUUUAAUCCGACAUCUGAUGAUGAGCUUGCGCUAAAAGUUGGUGACAUUGUCGAACUUGUGAAGCAGGUCUGUGACGCGUGGUGGAUGGCAGAACUGAACGGCAAACGAGGCUUGAUCCCUGCUAAUUAUGUAAAUGUUAUCGAAGAAGGAGAAACAGCUGGAGCUAACGCAGCUGACAAGCAGGCGGACGACUUUGCGGAUGACUUAAGUGACCUUGAAGAUGGGAGUGAUUUCAUUGAAAAUGAAGACCUUGUAACUGAAAAGGAGUUCGAGGAUUAUCAAAAAGUACUUAAUCAAUGUGGAUACAUAGAACUUAUGACGGGGCUUGACAAAAUUAACACUGCGUGGAAGGAUAUCAAAAUAAAAAUUGCAGUUACUGGUAAAUCUGGUAGUGGUAAAUCAACUCUGAUCAAUGCAUUGCUAAAUCUGAAAGAUGAUGACGAGGGAGCCGCAAAGACAGGUUGCGUUGAAACAACCUCUGAACCAACACCUUAUCCACACCCCAACAAUAGGAACCUUGAGUUGUGGGACUUACCCGGAGUCGGAACCCCAAACUUUCCGCAGAGUACCUAUCUUAAGCAGACCAGCAAUAUGACGUGUACCUACAAACAUAAUUCUCCUUAG